AUGGAUACGUUCAAUCACCCUCAGCACAUGUGGGGGUUGCAAGAACUACAAGACGAGAUAAGGUUGUUGAAAGCCUCCCAGUUCGAGCACGCCGAACGUCUCACCCAGCACUCCGAGAGACUCAAUAGGCUGGAACAGCGCCAGGAUGAAUCGAGGAUACGUUCACUCUGGAGCACGCCAUCUCCUUUUCCGCCAAUGCUUAGCUCCAACUCGUUUGCACAACAAACGAACAACCCUGAGCCACCAGAAGAUUUCGGCAGUUUCGAGGAACACCAGCACAACUUAUUGGCAGGGCUGCAGCUGGAUGAAGUCGACGUGCCGAGGAGGGGUGCGUCUAGGGCAAAUAGUGUACGUUUUGAUGACAGUGCUAUUCAGAACCACUGGAUUCAUGAUCCUCAAAGUUCGAACGACUAUUUCGGUCAUCGGAAUAGUGGUAGUAGCUUAGGGGGUUUCCCCAUGACUGAGAGAUCUUCCUCCCAUAAAUCUGACCAUAAAUCGGAUGGAAGGCAAAGCUCAAUGCGUUCCUAUGGGGAUAACAGCUCCUUCUUCGAGGGUGAGAUCAAUGGUGGUGUGCCUUUCAAUCCUCCACUUCAGAACCUUGAACUCCUUGAUUGCGAGACUCACCGAUCUCCUGCCCCACCCUCUGGGCCAGCACCAGCCAUAAUUCGUUGUUGGCCUGACCUUACGUCCCCUCCCACCCCGCCUUUAUACGCUGUUGUUUGCACUGGCUCUGUCAAAUCUUUGAUUGAUAUAUCAUUGAUCACUCAAUUUGGGUUACAGGAUCAGGUCAAUAAGGACACGAAUGGUGAAUGCAAGAUCAACCUAUCCUUGCAUCUCCCUGAUGCUACCAUUCAACAGCCAACAAGGGGAGGCGGGCAACACAGCCUCCCGCCACUCAACAUUCGAUUCAGCAUAAUGCCCAAUCGAAAAGGGGAUUCUGGAGAGGGAGAUGAGGUGGGAAUUUUUCUGGGAAGUGACUUCAUGUCAGAUCACAUGGGCGAUGUGCUAUUUUCCCAGAGUCAGCUGCUGUUGCAAGUAGAUGAUGGACGGAAAAUGUUUGUUCCUUUCCAUCGCCCGGAGGCCCAAGUAUGUUUCUCGGAUGUCUGUACGACACACAUUGGUGACCAGCUCUCGGGGGAUCUCCUGGGCCCUUUGAUACAAACGGAAGGCCGCCAGGAACAGGGUACCACUUUUAUGAAACGUAGCCGGUUCGACGAACCCGAUGCACCCGGGAUGGCUAUAGAUCUGCAAAGAUCUCAUAUUCCUGUGUCAUCGCCGAAGCCUGUGCGAGGGCGGAAGGCUUCCGUUAUAAGCAGAACAACAAUGACCUCCCCUGAAUCUUCCUUAGAACCUGAUGAUACGCCAAGAAAGUAUACCGGUGUUAGGAGAAACAGUAUAUACUCGGUUGGAAGUGGCAUAGAGAAGAAAAGGGAAGAAGAUCGGAAGGGGGGAUGUGGGGUCAGGCUUGAUCUGGCUGACGAUGUUGGGACAUCUUCAAAUGAGGAGGAGGAUGGGAAAGGCUCAUAUUACGCUGAGCGCAGGACUAGGAGUGAUGGGGAAGGGGGAAGCUUGUGGAAUUCUAGUACUGCCAAAUCUAUGGAGGUGACAACUGGGAACACGAAGGAGGGAGGACCGGUUUGGGAUUCCUGGAGAAAAGUAACCAUUCAAGGAAGAGACGACAGCGGUACGGGAACAGCCAAGACAUCUCGGGCGUCUUCCCGUGGAAUGAAGGUUUUACGCACAUCGAAAUCGUCUUCUCUGUCCGAGGCGAGAGCCACUCAUCAAACAGAUGAUGUCUCCGGUGGAAAUAGUUCGGUGGAGCUUGAUAAUGCUCCUUCCACCGUUGGCCCCAUGCCCCGUCCUCUAGGAGGGGGUUUUUCUAAAACCGAUUCAUCAUUGAGCGCUGGAGCAGGUGGAAAUUGGGAUAAGACGGUCAGCCGCCCCCAGCGUAGGGUUAGCUCGGCGGAGGCGGGAAACUCUUUCCCUAAAGGAGGGUCGAUUCAUCCGUCCAAGGCGAAGUCAACAAACGUAGUUGGAGGUGCUUCGGCUUUCCAUUGGAUGACUCCAAAAACAUCUGCUCAGACCACAGCCGAAUAGGCAGCAAUAGAAUGGCGACAAGCCUAAAUUAUCAGAAUGGGCCGGAGCAUUUUUAUCUUUUUUUAUCUUCCCCCCAAAAAAAAGGAAGGUUCCUUGCGUAGAGCGCUUUUUUUUUCCCUUCAAAUUCUAGCAUUUGUAGUAUCUUUGCUUGGAUCUUUUUUUUUUUCUGCUCUUGCUCCAGGUGGCUUUCGGGUUUUCUUUAAAUGUGCCUUGAAUUCAUUAUUAGAAGGCCUUCACGGAAAAUCACUUGUCAUAUUCAUCUGUACUGUACUUUGCAAGGUUUCGCGGAUGGCUGGAGGGAGGGGGGUUAUAUUUAACCACCCCCUUUUUUCUAUCGUUUCUGUUGAUAUUUCCCGAUGAAAUUCAUUCUGGGGAUGGGGAGGAGCAGUAAUAGGAGUGAGGCUGGAUGUUUUGCCUGUAGUUUUUCGUGGGAGGAGGGCCUAGGAGGGGCUAGGAGCAGAAGGUAACAGGAAACUAAAUGCAUUAGACAGCCACUUUCCA